GUUAUACUGUGAUUAAAUCGAUUCUAUCGAUUCAGUGAUCGUUGUGCUGUGAGGACAUUAAUCGAUACAUGAUGAAGGGUUUUCUACUAUCGGUUCUAUUAAUCGGAAUCGCGAGAUCUAAUGAAAUUGGCAAUGGGUCAGUGGAGGAAGCUUUGAAGAAUGGGCUGAGCACCAAGUGUGCUUCACGUGAGACCUCAUCCUGCAUUGCUGUGGAGUUGGUCGGCUACGUGGACCGUAUGCUGAGGACUGCAGCAGUCCAGCUAAGCGACGAUAUGAUGAUCGUAGAUGAGAGCAACGGGGCAGCAGCUGACUUUCCCAUCAGACCAGAGACUCUUGCAAGAGCUGGUACAUCACUCGAAGACCAAGCGCAGCAGCUCAUCGCCGACAAACUGUGGAACUUCGCGACCUCCCGUUCUUUGAGAUACAGAAUGUGGGAUAACGCUGAUGUUGUCAUUUCUGGCAAACAGGAUAAGGAUGGAAGUCUUGGCGUUGGUGUUUCCAUUAAAGCACCAAAGGCUAUUGAAAGUGGUAGACAACGCAACAAGAACAUCGGGCCGUUCAUUGCCGCAGCUGCCCUCAAGUUCGGUCUGCUCGGCGCUUUGACAUUCAAAGGCCUCUACUUCAUGGUCGGAAAGGCCCUGCUUAUCUCCAAGAUUGCUCUGCUCUUAGCGACCAUCAUCGGCCUCAAAAAGUUGUUCCAACCUCAGAAAAAUAACCUGACUUUUGAAGUGUUCACUGAUCACGUGCACGACGCCGGAGGCUUCGAUAAAGUAGAUGGAGAGGAAGAAAAUUUUAAUAAGUACCCGUUCGACCAUCCCUGAUUGUAG